AUGCUCCUACGUCCACGCAGCCAAGGACCCUCCUCUCUCUGGUGGUCUUCUGUCACUGCCAUGCUGUUCGCACCUCUCAUCGUCGCUCAAUGUUACUACCCAAAUGGUACGUUGGAGACCGAUGAAAGUUACCAGCCAUGUCCCGGGUUCGAUGGCAAAGCAAGAAUGUGCUGCGCGACAAAUCGCAAAAACCCAUUUGGUGGUGCGGAAGCCAAUGGCUUCACUGCCAACAAAUGUCUUCCUAAUGGUCUGUGUGUGGACGGAUCUACGAGGACAGAUCCCUCGGGCCAAGUCAUCCUGAUUCAGAACUAUUGGCGGGAUAUGUGUACAAGUCAAGAUUGGACGCAGGAAGGUUGCUUGAACGUGUGUACCAAUGCUCUAGGCAAUACCACCACCCGCAUAACCCCAUGCGACAAUACAAAUUCAUCCAGAACCUGGUGCUGUGGCGACACCCAAGAUUGCUGUAACGGACCUGAUGCGAUCUACAUCGCUGCGACUCUGCCAGGCUACGUGGCAAAUAUGACUUCCCCGGGCACUUCCACAACGGCUCCCACAAGCACAGGCACCGCCAACCCCGCGACAACCACCGCCUCCUCCACUACCGGAUCAUCGACGGGAUCAACAACAUCAUCUUCUUCAUCCUUUUCCUCCUCGGGCCUUUCUACCGGUGCCAAAGCCGGCAUCGGGAUUGGAGUCGCUUUGGGUGCUAUUGCUAUCCUGGCCGGUCUGGCUUUCUUGCUCAUGAAGCGACGAAGACGCAAUGCUCGCUUUGCGGCACUGGAGAAGGAUGCUCACUUUGCCCCUGCGCUUAGACCAAGUGAGUUGUCGGCUGGGGAUUCUAGGAGCGAAGUGCCUGCGAGUCCUCACUCUUUGGCUCAGGAAUUGCCGGGUAGUUCGACCACACGUUGA